AUGUCCAUCCGAAAAUUCGAAGAAGUUGCGUGUAAAGCAUGUCUAGACAGCGGCGUAGGAUGCAAGUCGACGCUUCCCCGGAAGAGGCUCGCAUACGGAAGCGUCGAUUCAGUUGGUCCACGAUACCAAGCGCUUGAAGCUCUUGUGCAAAGCAUUUACCCUGGUGUGGACUGCAAUGACCUUCAGACGCUAUAUCGCCUGCUUGGGGAAAGAAAUAGUCCCAGGUCUGGACAUGACGUGGCCGUCGAUCUUUCCCAGCUCGCACAUGUCGACUCCCACAGGUCAGACGGGCAAAAGAAUGCGAGAACAGGUUCGUCGUCGAACGACCCAUCAGCAUUUCAGGCAUUUAUCGGUGGCGCUUCAACGAUAGGAUCUUCGGUUGCCGCACAGACGCCUACAUCUACUGUCACCAUCGGUGUACCUUGGCCCGCCAACGUCGAUCCUACAGUACAAGGCACGGUCACCAAUCUGGCGGAAGAGACCUGCAUACCCGCACCUCAUGGUGUUGCUCACUAUGUCGGUCCCGCCUCCUCAUUCGAGUUUGCAAGGGCCGUGAGGCGCUUGGUCGGAGUGCGCAGCGAGACACUUGACGAUACCCGUACUCGUCUCGGCCGACGAAGCAAGCUCCGGGCAGAGUUCGCUAAUCUGAAGACCAGCAUUGCGCUUGAGCCCAGAAUUCAGGCUCACCCGGCAUCUACUGUGAGAGAGCACAGUAAUGAACGGCCAACUCGCUUGUCGCCUGGCGAAACUGAGGGCAAUGAGGGUCUACGAUCCGUGAGUCCAUCCCGUAGAUGGCUCCGGGCCCUGGUCCCUCCCAGAGAGAUCUCAGACAGGCUUGUCCAAGCAUUCUUCGAUCGCUUGCAUCCCAAUUACAUCUUAUUUCAUCGUGGCACCUUUCAUACUCGAUAUGAAUCGAUUUGGCAGCGCUCUCCGAUCUAUCGUUAUGAGCGUGAGCCCGGUUGGCUAUGUUCAUUAUUCAUGGUUUUCGUCUUCGGUGCUCAAUUACUCGAGCACGAGGGGCUCGAGGAUGCUGCAGGAGUGCAGAGGAGAUUUCUGAGGCACGUCCGGGAGAGAUUUCACCAUCUAGCUCUUACCGCAAAUCUUCCCAAUGUUCAAGCAUUGCUUCUGCUUCAACUGUACGAACACAACGCUGGUGAGCGGAAUACAUCGUGGAUCUUGCUUGGACAAGCAGCUCGUAUGUCAAUUGCCCUCGGUAUGCAUCGGGAGGGAACCAGUCACAACUUCGACGCCAUUGAAAGAAACACUCGAAGAAUGGUGUGGUUCACGCUAUAUUCAUUCGAGCAGUAUACUUCCCUCCAAUUAGGACGACCUUCCACCAUUAAAGCCCUCGAAGUCAACGUUCAACUCCCCGAUGAAUCUGUCCUUGAUGGAAGCGACUACCCACCCGACUACAUCAACCACGCCUCAAAGUUAAUGGACCUGACUUCGAAGGUUCGACACUUCGCCACAGCCGCAUCACCAAACUGCUUCGACGAAUUGUUCUUGACUUCCAUGAUUGCCAGCCUCACAAACAUUGCCAAGGAGCUCACUACUUGGUAUACGCGGUUACCAAGACACCUACGACCCGAGUGGUCGUUCAUCAGUCCACGACACCUUCGUGCUGUGCUGCUUCUACAUAUCAACUAUCAUCACAUUGCCUCUGUGUUGACCAGGCCAUAUCUAUUGGCCAGAGUCGAUCACGACAUCAAACACCAGGCCGAUUCGGGCUCUAGCUUACCCUCUGAGACCAUAUCGACCGUCAACUUGGCACAGGAGUGCAUCUCCUCUUCCGUGGCGGUCGCUGACAUGCUCCACCGGCUUUCAUCGGAAUCGUUACUCGAAGGUUUAGGUUGGACGGACUUUUACUACCUGUAUCAUGCAAUGCUUGCUCUAUGCCUUGACUUCUUGGGCCGUCCACACUUGGCCGUCACCAAUGAAUGGACUGUCAGGGAUCGUUCGAUCAGUGCCAAUGUUUCAUUCAUGAUUGAGAUGUGCCAAACUCAUCAGCUCGGGCCCACGUAUCGGAUUCUGUCUCAGGUCGCCAUUCAGCUUGCUUGUAUCGUCGGUCUUGCGGGAGAAGACGGGUCUAGGGACGAACCGGAACACAUCGCAGGCAAGGAGACUUCUCAUGAUGAGUUGAUCGCUGGGAUGGGAGAAGCGAGCACGAAUAUACCGAAUCCCAAUAACGUUGGAACGAACCAACAUGAAAUGUUUGUGCCCUAUGCGGAACCAAUCUUCGGCUUUACUCAAUUCAACAACAGCACUAAUGAUGGCAAUGCUUUCUGGGAUUUUUUCAACGUCAAUCUUGUUGAUCCGAUGGAUCCAUCGGCUAAUUUGGGUAUGCAAUACGUAGGGAAUACUUUCCAAGAUCCCUUUGCGCCUCCGUCUGUCUAUAAUCGCUUUGACAAUUGGCCUUCUUAA